UGUCCAUCGACAUUAUUAGAGCUCACUCAGCGUUUAACUGAGCACGGUUGAUUCAUUUGCUGUUCGACAAUAUAUUUUAUUUUUCAAAUUAUUCUUCUUCAUUACUAGAAAAAUAAUUAAAUGAAUUAUUUAUACACAUCCAGUAUUACAAUAUGGAUGUUUAUAAUUAUUAUAAAAUUAAAUGUGUCAUCGGUAACAUCAAAAUUAGUUCCAAAAUAUAAAGGUGAUCCAAACGAAUGGCGGGAAUAUGGAGCAGAAGCCAAUUUCGCUCAAUUCAAUAGCUUGUAUGCAAUAAGUAUCAAUGAAGCGUUGGUGGACUAUUUUGGCUUACCUAGUGGUAAAUGUGAUGUAUCACCUGAUUUACUAGAUAAAGACAGUGCACGCAAUUUGACUUACCCGAAUCAAUGUGCUGGAUCACUUCGCUCUUGCUGGUUCGAAAAAGAAAGUGAACAACGAAAAAAAGCAGAAGCGGACUACAAAAAAUCAAAAAUCUCUUACUGUACUAAUAGUCCGGCUGGUAGUUGUUUCCGCAAAAAAGGCGAAUAUACCGAUUAUUAUCGCGGUAUACUAGAUUCUACUGGUAACAUUUGCAAGUGCUUAUGUGAACGAGAUGAUAAUUCAAAUUCCAAAAACGAGCGUGGUGAAUUACUUGACUCAAUUUGCUUUGAUCCAGUUUCAGUUGAUGAUGGAUAUGUUGCAACUGGCGCGAGAUUUAAAAGACACGGUAACGUUAUGUACCUUGAACUUCAACAAGGAAUAUUAUCACAAGGAAAAAUUGAUCCAACAACGCUCAAGUGGACGACUUCAAAUAAUUGUAACUUAAAAAAGAAAGUUAUUGGUAAUGUCCGAUACGAUGGUACUUACGAUGGUUUAAAUAUCAUACUAAACGAUCUUACUUUAUCAGAUAAUGGAGUUGUCACAGGUGUUACGUUAGGUGAUUCAUUGCGCGGACGAUACGUCGAUGACGAUGGUAAUAUUAAUGAAAAUGAAUCCGAAAUUACACAAAAAAGUCAAUGCCAUGGAAGUGCCAUCGAUUUGGUACAUCGUGAUCCAGAUCUUCGGCCGUCCACAGCUUUAAUAGGAAAUAAUUCCGAACGCAGUGAACCUUGCGAUUGGAAGAUAAUUUUUGGUGGAACUCAAGAGAGUUCUGAUAAUAUACAACAUGUAGUUCCAUUUGUCGAUUUACAAGAGAUCGUCGCCGAUCAAAAUUCACCUCAACCUAUUCACGGAAUCGGCUGGUAUUAUCGCGGUUAUCCCGGUUAUGGAGGAUAUCUGGCUCUUAAGAUUUUCACCAAAGAAUGAUAAUUGUUUUAUUAAUAUUCAUUUUAUCGGUAUCGAUGUUAAUGUAUUCAAUAUUAUUCAAUGUACUAAAAAUUGUGUUAUCUGUAAAAUUAAAAUUUACAGUUUUUCGAAUUUAUUUAAAAUUGUAAUAAAAAUACGAUUUUAUUUUUUAAAGUCGAGUUAUAUGUCUGUUAAAAAUAUACGUAUUGUU